AACAGGAUUUAAGUCAGAUUAGGCAAUUUCAAGAAACUAUUAAACAUUUAUCUUUAAAUCAAUUCUCGGCCAUCGAUGAAUGUAAUUUCCAUUUAAAUGAAGCCCCUCGAUAUGGUUAUGCUCCCCGAGGUAAAAAGGCUAUUUCUCGUAGCCCAGGUAGUAAGGGCGGAAGUUACUCUUUAAUCAUCUGGGCUGCAAGUAAAGAAAAACAAGGGAUAAUUCAUUAUGAACUAGUUGAAAAAAGAGUAAACACUAAGGUUUUUCAUGAUUUCUUGGUUAAUGCUAAUGCUCAUUUUGAAAAAGAAAACCAUCUUUUAUUGGAUAAUGCCAGCAUUCACCGAGCUCCUAAGAAAAGGAAAGAAUUAGGUUUACCAACCAUUGAGGAGCAAUUAACCCCUAAGAACAGCAUUCCAACUUAUUUGCCUUCCCAUUCUCCACAGUUUAACCCAGUUGAAUUACUUUUUAACACCAUUAGACAUAAUAUUGAAAAGGCUCGGGCUUGA